UGACAUGUGACACUGCCAAUAAAAGACGCUUUCCUUCCAAGUUCGUCUGUUAAUCGAACCAUCUUAAAAAUACAUUAAAUACAGAGAUAUCCAGGAGUGGCGAUGAAAAUACUCAUAUAUUUAGAAAGAAGAACAAAGAGAACAAGGUUUAAUUACAUGAAAAAUAAGAAAAAGAAAAAUGGGGUCACCGAACUUGUUUUCUUGCUACAGACUAAAAUAGGAAGACAGGAAUCAUUAGCCAUAUUAACAAGAUUAAGUUACAAUAGCAUAUGUUUCUAUUGUACAACAGAGAUAAUUGUUUGAAAUAAUGGCACCUCUUUUUGAAGAAGAGGAGAAUUAUGUCCGAUUAGCGUUGUUGUUAAAAGGAGUGACACCUAGAGCAGUCCGUACUUUGUUUGACCGAGAAUUUCAACCUACCUAUUUGCCCUCAACACUGAAUACAAACUACAACACUCUCUUGGAUUUGAAAUUAAAGAGAAUCAUAAACCAGGCUCAGUGGAAUCUUUUGAUUCCAAGAAAUGGGGUACCUGAUUCCAAAACAUUUGAUGUAACGUUGAUGAUCUGUUUGAUCAGAAACUUGACAUCUAUUACUGAGCCAAUCAAUGGAUUUGACACUCUACCGAUACCAGGGGAGACAACUCCAGGAUCUGAUCUAGCCAGGAUAAAAUGUUACAGGAAUAAACUAGCUCAUCAUGAUAGUAAUACAAUAGACACUGCUUAUUUUAAUGCAACUUGGAGAGAGAUAUCAGAUGCUGUCGGUCGAUUGGGAGGUCAAUCAAUGUAUCAAGAAUGUCAAGAGUUGAAAGUUAAAAUAUUAGACCAGUCUAACCAGGAAAUUAUAUUGGAAAUCAAACAAUCACUGGAGGAGAUGAAAGAACUGAAACAAACAAUGGACAGCUUGUGGAAGGAACACUCAAAAGUGACAGAAAAUCUUAUAGGGUUAAGGGAGUCCCACAGUACUUUACAAACUGAACACUCAAAAGUGAAAGAAAACCUGAGAGACUUACAAACUUCACACAGUAUUUUACAGACUUCCCACAGUUCUUUACAUACUGAACACUCGAAAAUUAUGGAGAAUAUGAGAGAGUUACAAGAUACCCAAUGUACCCUACAGGCUGGAAACUCAAAAGUCACAGAAAUUUUAACAGACCCAGUACCAUGGAAUAUCAGAGGACAAAUUAAAGAUGAAUUAGAAACAUGGAAAGAAGAUGACAAAACAUAUAUACAAACUGAAGCAGCUAAAAGAAUAUUAAAAUUAAUCAAAGAAAAGGGUUGUGUUGUUGUUACCGCAAGUUCUGGGUGUGGAAAAUCAUCAUUAGUACGCCAUGUAGCUCUACAGAUGCAAACACAUGGCUUUGAUAUAUUACCAGUAUCAAUGCCUAAAAAGAUUGACAAGUGGUACAAUCCCAAUAAAAAAAACUUGUUUGUAGUAGAUGAUUUUUGUGGAACAUAUACUUUAAAUCCCACGAAAUAUGAGAACUGGAAAAAUUGCAUGCAGAUAAUCAAAACAUUAGUAGAAAAAAAACAAGUUAAAAUAAUUAUGUCUUGUAGACUACAGGUUUACAAAGAUGAAAAAAUGAAAGCUUUGUCAUUUUUCCUAUCCUGUGAAUGCAAUCUGUUGUCUGAAGGUUUGCGUUUGUCGAAAACAGAAAAACAAUCAAUUGCUGAGUUUUACCUGAAAACAAAAGCAUCUGAAAUUAAAGAAUAUUAUGACAUGUUUGACUGUUUUCCUCUUUUGUGUCAAUUAUACAGCAAAAACACAAGUCUGAAUGUUGUCGAUUUCUUUAAGAAUCCUUUUACAGUUUACAAAGAAGAAAUAGAUAACUUACAGAUAGAAGGAGCACAUGACAAAUACUGUGCACUCGCUUUAUGUGUUGUGUUUAACAAUUAUCUGAAAGAAGAAUGGCUUGUUGAAGAUGUGGAUAAAGAUAGGGAAAAAAACAUAAAGAACACAUAUGAAGCUUGUAAGGUAAUAAAAGGAACAUCACGAUUGGUUAUUCGUGAUGAGCUUGAUUCACUCUGUCAUACAUUCAUCAGAAAGGACGGGGAUGUGUACCGAACUAUUCACGACAAACUGUUCGACUUUCUUGCUUUUUACUUUGGAAGUGUUAUGAUUCAUUGUUUGAUUAACAAUGCUACAAGUCGUUUUAUUAGUGAAAGGUUCAUGUCUGAGAAAAAAAGGAAGAAUGAUGAGUUUACGAUCAUUCUAUCAGAAAAAUAUCAGCAAAUAUAUAUUAAGAGAAUGGUAAAUGACUGGUCAAAAGGAAAUAUACAAGAUGUCUUUUGUAACAUCAACAUGAACGAUCAUUUUUUUAGACAAAAAUUCCUACUUCAUAUUAAAGGUUUGGAAAUAUCACAACAGAAACAAUUGGCUAGUUCAUAUGACAUUAAUAGCAAUAAUACUCCUUUGAUACAGUGUUGUUUUAUAGGCGAUAUUGCUGUUGUUAAAUGGUGUUUAAAUAACAAUAAUGCAGACAUUAAUAAGUGCAGAGAGACUGGAGCAUCACCUCUGUACAUUGCUUGUCAGGAAGGACACACAGAAGUAGUUCAGAUGCUAAUAAAAAGUAAUGCAGACAUAAAUAAGUGUAGAGAGACUGGAACAUCACCUCUGCACAUUGCUUGUGAGGAAGGACACACAGAAGUAGUUCAGAUGUUAAUAAACUAUAAUGCAGACAUUAAUAAGUGUACAGAGACUGGAACAUCACCUCUGUACAUUGCCAGUGAGAAAGGACACACAGAAGUAGUUCGGAUUUUAAUAAACAAUAAGGCAGAUAUUGAUAAGUGUAAAGAUAUGGGAGCAUCACCUCUGUAUAUUGCUUGUUGGAAAGGUCGUACUGAAAUAGUUCAGCUAUUAAUAAACAGUAAGGCAGACAUUAAUAAGUGUAGUGUUGAAGAGGUAUCACCUCUGUAUAUUGCUUGUGAGAAAGGACAUAAUGAGGUAGUUCAGAUGUUAAUCAACAAUAAGGUAGACAUUAAUAAGUGUAAAGAUACGGGAGCAUCACCUCUGUACAUUGCUUGUCAGGAAGGACAUAUAAAAGUAGUCCAGAUGUUGAUAAAAAACAAGGCAGACAUUACCAAGUGUAGGGAUAUGGGAGCAUUACCUCUGUACGUUGCUUGUCAGGUAGGACACACUGAAGUAGUUCAGAUGUUAAUAAACAAUAAGGCAGACAUUAAUAAGUGCAGAGAUUUUGGCGCAUCACCUCUGUACAUUGCUUGUUGGAAAGGACAUACUGAGAUAGUUCAAAUGUUAAUUAACAAUAAGGCAGACAUUAAUAAAUGUACAGAGACUGGAGCAUCUCCUUUGAACAUUGCUUGUUUGAAAGGACAUACUGAGGUUGUGCAGAUGUUAAUACAAAAUAAGGCAGACAUCAAUAAGUGCAGAGUAAAUGGAUCGUCACCUCUGUACAUUGCUUGUCAGGAAGGACAUACUGAGAUAGUUCAGAUGUUAAUAAACAAUAAGGCAGAUAUCAAUAAGUGUAGAAAAACAGGAGAAUCCCCAAUAUUUGUAGCUUGUUAUAAAGGUAAUACAGAGAUUGUUGAAUUGUUAUUGAAACACGAAGCAGACUGUAACAUUAAAUGGAGAGGAUUGACACCAUUAGACAUUGCAAGACGAAACAAACAUACUAGUAUUGUGCAUUUAUUUCAAAGAUAAAACAGAUAUAUAAUUAUAGUUAUAAUGAUUAUGCAAUGUUUGAAUUUAUACUUUAUGUGAAACAGGACUUAUUACAUGUAUAUUCAUAAUUGGCUAAUUGUAAUUAUAUACAUUAAAUUUCAUCUUGUAAUUAGCUAUUUUGCUACACAAAAACAGAUUUACAACUAAACUUGCAAAUAUUAUUCAUGAUCUGUUGCAAUUUCCUGAUUUUGUUCAUAUUAAAAAUUCCACAAAAUAUCUAAAACUGCAGUGCACACUCAAGUCAGUCUCGACACAACUGUUUCUGCUGUUUUAAAAAACGAGGUUGUGUCUUAGAGAAAUAGUUAAAUCAGGCCUGUGUCAAGUAGGAAUAUUAAAAACAUUGUUAUAUGGCUUUAUGUCAGCAUUCUUUACGGUGUCACACAGAUUCAAAUUCAUCACUGAUCAACUUUCUGUUUACCGAAUACUUAUAUAUUCUUAACAUAAUGGCCAUGUAUGGAAUUGUCUUCGCAUUUUUCUUGGAAACUACAAAUCAGAGCGUCCUAAAAUUUGAUACAUGGAUUGAUUUUAAGCAUGCUAUACAAUGUCAAGUGGUUUCAGAUUCAUUACUAAUCAAACUAUUGUUCAGUGAAUACUUUCAUAUUCUAAACCUAAUGGCCAUGUAUGAAAUUUUUGUUGCAUUUUUCUAGGGAAAUACAAAUUAAAAGCUUCCUGAAAUUUG